AUGUAUUUUUUUUUCAAGAGAAGUCAUCAAAACCGACAAAUAGUUGAAAGAUCACCUACUACAAUUCCAGACAUAGUGAUUGAAAGGAACGGAGAUUCCCAAUUCAAUUCUGGUCCUCUAUCGCUACCCUCCUCAAGGAAUCACAAGCACAAAAGAGACAAAAAAGUUCGCGUGCAAUCAACAACCUCCAUUCAGAAUGGGCUGGAAGGAGUUUUCAAAAUCAACCGUAGUAAAAACAACCGUCGACUUAAUCUUACGUCUACUCCCAAUCAGCGGAAAAACUUAGUCCCUAAAGAAAAGCAAAACAUAAGAACAAAUGAUAGAGGCAUACCCCAUGAAAGGCAUUUCCCCAUCGAACCCGUUCAUGAAGAAAAGAAAGUUCAAGUAGAUCAAUUCGAUGAAGAGUACGAAGAUGAAAACGUUGAAGAAUCCUCUCAAGGUAGCAUUGCUCGCACGGAAAACAGAGCGUUCCAGGAUAUCCCAUCACUGGACACUUUUGUGGGAUUUGUUGACAGACAUAAUUCAUACGCGUUCCCGGAGAAGCAGCACCCACUGAAGCAGUGCUUUUACAACCCAUCAGGUUACGCAUGCUGCAACCGUAAUCUUAAUGACGAAAUUGUAAGGACGUAUGAGAACGACUUGUCGUUGCAGCAACUUGCUAGUGAUCCAACGUACAAUCCGUGCAACAUCCAGAAACUUGCAAAUUUACUCCAGCGAAACUGCUCACGCAGAUUUAAAAUGAGGUUCGAAACCAUCGUCGGUCUGAAUGACUAUGCCCAGCGUGUAAAUUUCAGAAAUGAUCUCGUGUGCAAGGUCGAACUGGCUGGAAGGUAUAUGCUCGCUUACGCAACUCCGCAACAGGGUGGAAGCAGAGCAAGACGUGAUGAUCCUGUUGUACAGGUGGAAGGGUCCUCGUCUGAAGGACUACUCGCCGCGGAAAGCUCGACGACUCAUUCACUUCUGAUUUGA